AUGUACCCUCGUCAAGACGAUGUGAGUCUUCUACAGCGCUACAUCACUGAAAACAAGCUGGAGGACAAGGGCGUCCCGAUCACUGACCUUCGACGCCUAGAGGGUACGGACCAAGUUAUGCUGGGCGUGGACGGCACGAAAAUCAUGGAUCUCAUCACCCAAGCCGUCCGAGAUAAAGAGAAAAUGGCCAUUUACACCUUCACAACACCCUUCACGGUGUACGAUAAGAUCACGGAGAUCUGCAAGACUCUCCAAUCGGUCAUGAACUGCACAUCCGUGUUGGUUUUCAACGGCAUCCCAUUCUUUCCGGAUCCGGGUGACGAAUUCACCCGGGAUAAGUACAUGGUGCCUCUUGAAGUAGCUGCGCUCACCGGCACGGACAGCUCCAGAUUAUGCAACAUGCAGUCGGUGCGGGCAUUGGAGAUUCAAAAGAAGGCAUCCAACCGUUUUGUUGUUGAAGAAGACGUGGAGACUCAGAUUGUGAAGCUUUUCCGCUCAGGUUUUAAAAAUACCAUGAGGGCGCCGUAUCUUGCAUGGGCUCAGCUCUCCGCCUUCCGCCACCCCAAGAACCACCACGUGUCGGAGGUGUACGGCUGCCUGGAGCUCCUUGCUUUUCCAGGUAUUGACCGGGUCAUCACAAAUAUUAAUGUGAUGCGAGGAACGGUUGAUAUGGUUCAUAAAUCACGCCUCUUAGAAGCGCUGCGAAUCGAUGAGGAUGACUUGGGAAGCCUAAUCAUGAUCGACAGUCGAAGCCGGGUUAUGAAGAGUGUUGCUCACAAGUUCACGAGCUUUGAUGACAUGAUCAAAAAGAUUGUGCGACAUGAAAGUAAUACUCUUGGUUUUUCAUUCGGUCAUCAGUUGUACCGAGAUUCCACGCGUGCAACAGAGCCUCUGCGUAACCGUUUGAUUUGCCAGAAGAAUGCUGUAUUCCGUAAUCUUGCUGCAUUGGGAUGCCCAGUGUUAACACUGAGCCCUCCCUACUGCACUCCCCUUUCGGAGCUUUACGUGACUCGCUGGCAGCCGUACAUCAAUCCCAGGUCAGUCAUGGGGUUCCUUUUGCCGCCAGUCAUGUACUACAUGCUGACGGCUGGGCUCUUGUCACCCAGUCUUUUCGCCGCCUUGUCGCAGAAAAGUGUUGUGGAUGACUGGCCACUUGUGGACUCUAUCAAAUACCGCGAUGUUGCUGAGACAGUUUUGCCACUCAGGGUGCAGACUGUGUAUCAGCUUGCUAUGGCUCUAAACCAGUCUUCUUAUGAAAUGACGUGGUUCCGCCGCUACAACGUUCCGCAAACCUGUGUGAACAAGAUUAACCCUCCACCAGAAAUUGAACUGGAUGCUUGGAAUCUAAAUGGCCAAAAUGUUCCCGAAGGUCUUCAAUUGGUGGACGUGAUGGAGUACGCUCAUCUUGCAUGCUCUAAUAUGAGAGUUGUUUACCAAACGGUGGAGGAGACCACUGCAGCCAUUCUUCUUCAGUCCCUUGACUUGCUCGGGUAUCUGACGCAUGAGACACCUGACCAGAGCCCAGGCACUCAAUUGAGUGAGCCGUCGGCAUUUGGCCGCGCGCUGAAGCUAUGCAGUGUCUCGACACUCAGUGAGUACACAGUACUUCUUAUUGAACUCACACGCACUGGUUCCAUUACGACAGAGCCUAUUCGAAUGACCUCUGAGGAGGUGAACUCACGAGAUAUUCCUCAAGAGGUUUCCCUCGCUAGUCGCAUUCUUUCCAUUAUUCCGUUGAAUGUCUCAGGCCCAUGGAGUGGUCCGAUUGAUCCCGAACUACCAGCCUUCAGCAUGGUUUCGCGUAUGGUAUCCCGCUCCAUACGACACCUUUUGGAAGCAAUCACGGUGAUGAUGUUUUACCAGGGGAGAACGGUAGUGCCGAUGCAAAAGAUAUGCGACAUCCAGCAAUCUUUACCUUUCUCUACGCCUGUGGAGUUUGGUGGCGGUGUGCUGAUUGAGUAUAUCCUGAUGAAGGAGAAGUGCACGUUGAGUGACAUUGAGGCGGCCUUCCCUGAGUGCAACUACCUGAGCCACGAUCUCGCCACACUGUUUUACUUCUGGGACUUGGCAGUGUUGGUUUUGCAGGCGAUCACGUCCAUAGAUGUCCCCGUCGACCUGACAGCUCUCGGAAAGGCCAACGAAAGGAUGAAGGAGGCGCAGAGCACCCUCGGCGUUAACACUGGUGUAAAAGAGACGUACUACUAA